UCUACCCACUCUCACCUCAUCUCUUCGCAUUCCUCACGCCUCCAGUCGGCCCACCCCGUGUCCUCAAGGACUCCUCUAGAAACACGGAGGCUCCAAGCCAAGGUCCAGCCGAGAUACAAAACCAGCCCGACACAAUGGAUAUUGCAAUCCAGCACCCCUGGUUUAGACGCGCCCUGGGUUCCCUCUACCCCACCCGUCUCUUCGACCAGUUCUUCGGGGACGGCCUCUUCGACUACGACAUGUACCCUUACGCCUCCUCCACCAUCAGCCCCUUCUACAGGCACUCAUUCUUCCGUAAUUUCCUGGACUUCUCCAAUUCCGGAAUUUCUGAGGUGAGAUCUGACAGGGACAGGUUCACAAUCUACCUUGAUGUGAAACACUUCUCCCCCGAGGAGCUGAACGUGAAGGUGGCUGAUGACUAUGUGGAGAUCCACGGCAAGCAUGGAGAAAGACAGGAUGACCAUGGCUACAUCUCCCGUGAGUUCCAUCGCCGCUACCGUCUGCCCGCCAACCUGGACCAGUCGGGCAUCACCUGCACGCUGUCGGUGGACGGCCUGCUCACCCUCUGCUGCCCCAGGACCGGCAACACCGAGACCAACCGCGGAGACCGCAACAUCCCCAUCACCCGCGAGGAAAAGACCGGCUCCGCCCCUUCCUCUUAG